AUGGCAUACGUGACGGCGCGUCUCCUCGCUCGUGCUCCGGGGAGCGGCCGCGUCCCUGCGGCCUUGCGAUCCGCCUCCACCCGGCUGCACGAUGGCCCGAUACGGCAGGCUGAGGCGGCGGCGGUGGACCGGUUCGACCUGAAGGCGUACAUGGCCGACAAGGCCCGGCGGGUGGACGCGGCCCUGGACCGCGCUGUGCCCCUUCGCUACCCUGAGCGGCUCCACGAGUCGAUGCGCUACUCCCUUCUGAGCGCCGGGAAGCGCAUCCGCCCUAUCCUCGCUCUCGCCUCCUGUGAGCUCGUCGGAGGCGAUGAGGCCACCGCCAUGCCCGUCGCCUGCGCCGUCGAGAUGCUGCACGUCAUGUCCCUCAUCCACGACGACCUCCCCUGCAUGGACAACGACGACCUCCGCCGGGGGCGGCCGUCCAACCACCGUGUCUUCGGCGAGGGCACCGCCGUGAUCACCGGCGACGCCCUCAUCGCCCUGGCCUUCGAGCACGUGGCCGCCGCCACGGCCAGCGUGCCGGCGGAUCGGGUCCUCCGGGCCGUCGCGGAGUACGGGUCGGCGAUGGGGCCGGAGGGGCUGGUGGCGGGCCAGUUUGUGGACGUCGACAGCGAGGGCAAGGCAGUGGGCGUCGGCGUGCUGGAGUACAUCCACCUGCACAAGACGGCGAGGCUGCUGGAGGCGGCCGCGGCGUGUGGGGUGAUCGUGGGCGGCGGCGGGGACGCCGAGGUCGAGAGCGUAAGGCGGUACGCGCGCUGCGUCGGCCAGCUGUUCCAGGUGGUGGACGACAUACUGGACGUGACGAAAACGACGGAGGAGUUGGGGAAAACGGCCGGGAAGGACGUGGCGAGCGGCAAGACGACGUAUCCGAAGCUGAUGGGCCUCGAGAAGGCGCAGGAGCUGGCACAAACCCUGGUGGUGAAAGCGGAAGCAGAGCUGCAUGGGUUCGACCGCGUCAAGGCGGCGCCCCUGCGCCAUCUCGCUCGCUACAUCGCCGAUCGCCAGAACUGAAGUCGAUGCUCCACUUUUAGCUAUAUCCCCAGAAGAACUGCUUGCUUCCUCACAAGACAAGACUCUGCUCAUUCAUCUUCCCGGAAUGGAUGAUCCACUAUAUCGGCUUCUUGAGCUGUCAUAUCCAGAUUGUACAGUUCCAGGCCCACUCAUGAUAUCCUGAAAUAAAAGAUGAGCUCUUCAUAUUAC